CAGUCCAGUCCGCUUGUCCCUUGGCCAUCUUUACUUUAAAAAAAAUACAGAACUCUUUAGUGUUAUCAAAGGUAAAAUAAUAAAAUAGUUCAAGUUAAGUGCCUUGGAUGCUCCGUUGAAAUUGCUGCAUACUCCGUAAGAAUGUAAGAUAGUGUAAGAAGAUUUGGAAGCUUGCGAGUUGCAACACUAUUGAGGCGGUUCAAUAGCAUUUUGGUGUAUCCAUUGAAGAUUUAGAGAUCAAGCACAUAUAUAGAAGAUACAUCAAUGGAACAGAACACAGCAGAAAAUUGGCAGGAAUGUAUACCAGGUUCUCUAAAAUUGGUAGAGAUUGAGGGUAAGGGAAGAGGUUUAGUGGCCUCUGAGCCAUUAAAAGGAGGCCAAGUAGUUCUGCAAGAGUCUCCCAUUCUUACAUUCUCCGCCUUCCCUCUAAAACACGGGAGAAAUGAUGAAGAAAAAGCUGCUAAUGCUUCUUCAACAUAUUAUUGUUCACAUUGUUACAGACAGUGCAUGGUUUCAGAAGGAUUCUCAUGCCCUUCAUGCUCCCAUCCGAGUCACACCGUCUUCUGCAGCUAUAAGUGCCUAUCUUCCGGUCUUAGCAAAAUACAUACACCUUGGGUGUGUGACGCCCUUAGACAAUUCAGGCAUUGCUCUUUAUUGUUGGACCAUCAGCCCGAAGAGCGUCAGGUACAAGCCCGUUACUUGGUGGCCGCGUACAAUCUUGCAAUAACAUCACCUUCAACCUUCAAAACCUUGUUAUCGCUUCAUGGAGAAGGCCGGCAAAAGGAUGUUGAUUCUGCAAUGUUUCUCCACUCUAUCAUUUCAUCACUUUCAUUCCCAGACGGGUUUUCAGCUCCUUCAGUGGAAACAAUAGCAGCACUCCUAGACAAGGAAAGUUGCAACUCCUUCAGUCUAAUGGAGCCUUAUUCAGUAAAUGGGGGAAGAUCUGCUAGAGCUUAUGGUCUUUAUAAGAAUGCUUCAUCUUUUAACCAUGAUUGCCUACCUAAUGCCUGUCGUUUCGACUACCUCGACAGUAUUAAAGAUGAUAAAAACAGUACUGAUUUAGUUAUCCGGAUGAUACAAGAUGUUCCUCCAGGUAAGGAAAUAUGUAUAAGUUACUUCCGAGUUGGCCUAAGCUACUGCGAAAGGAAACAAAGGUUGCUUGAUUAUUUCGGUUUUGCAUGCUUUUGUGAUCGAUGCAAGGUUGAUGAAAGCAAUGAUAAGGAUGGAAGUGGUGGUGCUGAUGAUGAUGAUGAUGAUGAUUCUACAUUCAUUGCGAAAUACAUGUGUGAGAGGGAGAAUUGCGGAGGUACUUUGGCUCCUUUGCCACCUUCUAAUGGUAAUCCAUUCAAUAUCAUGGAGUGUAACUUUUGUGGUAUGUUGUCUAAACAAAAACAAGAGUGACUACAAUUUCUUUAUAAUUUCUAUGUUGUAAAAUACAA